AUGCCUCGCCAUUUCAGCACCUUGUUUUUCUUUAUAUCAUUGUUCGUUUUGGCAUCCUGCAGCCUGAAUAAAUGGGAGGCAACCAAUUUCUGCAUAUGUUUUGGGUCCACUUAUGCUAUAGUGCACCUUAAUGUUCCAGAUAAUCCCUCUCAACCCUGUUUAUCCUGCACAAAGCAAUGGUGCUUGAACCAAAACUUACCCAUCUGUGCUGGAGCCACUUUGGGCGACACCAACCCGGACACCGCGACUGGAAAAGAGGGUGAUGUGGAAGCGAGGUGUUUCCAACGCGACUCCCCUCGAGACCAAUUGGUUGUGACACUAUUCCUGCUCACCGUUUUCGGCCUUCUACUCGGCGCAGGAGUAAAGAGCCGCAUGAUGAAGGCAGGUUUAACUCCUGUUCUCCCAUGGAAUCAUGCUCAGCGGCGGUGGUGGGAGGUAUGGGCGCCUCGUAGACAGCCCGACGAGAUAGGCCUUGACCACUUUGGCUUGACUGCAGGGAGAGGGUAUGCGCCUGUACUAAAUGAUCGAUGA